AUGAUGUCCAAACGCUUGCUCGGUGCUUGGGGAUUCUUCGCUCUUUGCACUCUCAUUGCUGGCAUCGUUGCCCUUGCUCUGUCGUUCGUCUGGCGAGCUCCCAACCUCUUGUUGAAUCUCACUCUAUCAACAACGGACCUUAACCUUGGCACGAUUUUGGGUGUUGUCCUCAUCUCCACCUUUGUGUUUUCUCUGGGAUGUAUAGUCUCCGGGAACACGUCUACGCUCCGCCUAUAUCUUUUGAACUGGGUGCUCCUUGGUAAUGGGUCUUUGAUCCUUAUCAUUGGCACCUUUUUCUGGAUUUACACCCUCCAUGAGAGGAACAACUACCAUGCCAUCUUUGGCAAUGAAAGCGAUGCGACUAAGAUAUUGAUUCAAGAUACUUUGAAAUGCUGUGGCUACUUCAGCGCGACCGAUGAGCUCGCAAUCGGUGGGAAUAUCUGUACUAGCCAAGGUGCUGCGGAAGCCCUCAACAACUUCUGCGUCACCCCGAUUACCAAAUUUGCCGACGAAACCUUGAACAACAUCUUCAGCACGAUCUAUGGCUUCAUGGCUAUUAUCAUCGGGUUCUUCCUCGCAAACAUGUGCGUCAUCAAGAGGCGCCAAGAGUUCCAGCGCUUCGAGAAGAUUGACGCCAAACGCGGAGGAACUGGUUUCGUUUAA